AUGAGGCAACACGGCUGCCGCCUGGCCACACUCGCGCUGGCUUCGCUGUGAAGUUGAGACGUCCAUGAAGCUAGCUCUCCUCUCCGUGAAAAUCUCCACAGAAAGAAAGGGAAAACCGUAGACUUCAAAGUAGGCAUACUUUUAUUCACGUUUGACAACCACGCAUUUUUUUUUUUUUUUUUGCAAUGAACUCACAUCGGAUAUGACCGGCGGUCGACACAACCUGCAGCGACUUUACCCCAGAUUCAGAGUGUUUGCCUGACGACGGAGUAACGCUUUAAAUUCCAUUUUUCACACACGAGAAACGAGACUUGCUGAAUGAAACUUUCUUCCAUUUCUCCUGGAGGGGGUGAAGAAACACUUAUGGGUGCCUUUUCCGUUUAAAACAACCGACUAAAACCGCCGCUGCCUGGACCGCUUUAAAAUGUUUGGUCACCUCAAGUUCCAGGUCGGGAGGUUAACAACAAUGUCAGGGGUCGCUCGUUUUGGAAAAUGAUUACUGGCAGCACCGACGGUAAAAUAAUGGUCAGAAGAUGCCUAGUAACGUUCAAACCGUUCAGGAUAUUCGUGGUGGGAAUAGGCUUCUUCAGCCUGUGUUUUCUAAUGACCUCUCUGGGGGGGCAAUUCUCAGCCAAGAGACUGGGGGACUCCCCCUUCACCAUCCGCACAGAAGUGCUGGGAGGCGUGGAAUCACGUGGUGUGCUGAGGAAGAUCAGUGACAUGCUGGAGGUGAUUCUGAAGAGGAUGGACAGCCUGUCCAAACUCGACAACACCUCCACCACCGACGCACGGCGCCUGGAUGAGCUCAGCUCUGCUAUCAACAGGUUUCAACCAGCCGGCCUGGUGGAGAGGAUCCAAGCUAUAGCCCAGAAUGUCUCCAACAUGGCCAUCAGGGUGGAGCAAAUACUUCAGAACAGCCUGGUGCAAGGAAGAGCAGUGAGAGAUGGGACGUCAAGCCAAUGUGAGGUACCAAGAGACCCACGCUUUCCAGAGUGUCCAGGGAAAGUAGAUUGGAUGCGUGCGCGUUGGACGUCAGACCCUUGUUAUGCCUUCUAUGGUGUUGAUGGUUCAGAUUGCUCCUUCCUCAUCUAUCUGAGCGAGGUGGAGUGGUUCUGCCCACCACUGGCCUGGAGGAACCACAGCAGCCCACCCACACAACAUACACAGCAAGCAAAGGCUCCCAAGAGACAGGCUGCUUUCCGCACAGACCUCUCUGUACUUCUGGACCAGGUUGGGACAGGAAAGGAAUCCCUCAGCUUCAUGAAGCGCCGAAUCCGCCGCCUUGCUCAGCAGUGGGCAACGGCCGCCAACCGCCUGGAUGCCAAGCUGGAGCAGCGAUGGAGGGACCAGAAGAAGAUCCUGGUCCAUGUAGGCUUCCUAACAGAGGAGUCUGGAGAUGUUUUCAGCCCCAAGGUGCUAAAGGGGGGUCCACUGGGAGAGAUGGUCCAGUGGGCUGACAUCCUCACCGCCCUUCAUGUUCUGGGCCACAACCUCAAGAUCUCCAUGUCUGUCAAGGAGCUGCAAGGGUUUCUCGGCGUGCCUCCAGGCAGAGGCAGUUGCCCACUCACUGGCCCACUGCCCUUUGACCUCAUCUACACCGACUACCAUGGCCUGCAGCAAAUGAAGCAGCACAUGGGGCUCUCACUCAAGAAACACAAAUGUCAUAUUCGAGUGAUUGACACCUUUGGAACAGAGCCAGCCUACAAUCAUGAGGAGUACGCAACCCUGCAUGGCUAUCGGACCAACUGGGGCUACUGGAACCUCAACGCCAGGCAGUACAUGACCAUGUUCCCUCACACACCAGACAACUCAUUCAUGGGCUUCGUUUCGGAGGAGCUGAAUGAGACAGAGAAGAGGAGCAUUCAGCAGAACAAAGUCAACAACAUGGCUGUUGUGUACGGGAAAGAGGCCAGCAUGUGGAAGCUUCAGCAGGGUAAGGAAAGUUUCCUGCAGAUUCUCCACAGGUACAUGGAGGUCCACGGCACAGUGUACUAUGAGACUCAGAGACCUCCGGAGGUCCCGGCCUUCGUGAAGAACCAUGGCCUGCUGCCCCAGCAUGAACUGCAGCAACUGCUGCGCAAGGCCAAGCUCUUCAUUGGCUUUGGUUUCCCCUAUGAAGGCCCUGCCCCUCUUGAAGCAAUAGCCAAUGGCUGCAUUUUCCUCCAACCCAAGUUCCACCCACCUCACAGCUCACUCAAUCACGAGUUUUUCAGAGGCAAGCCCACUUCUAGAGAGGUGUCCUCCCAGCACCCGUAUGCAGAGCAGUACAUUGGCAAACCUCACGUCAUGACGGUGGACUACAACAACUCCCUGGAGUUUGAUUCUGCCAUCAGGGAAAUCAUGAGGACCAAGGUUGAGCCGUAUCUGCCUUAUGAGUACACCUGUGAGGGGAUGCUGGAGAGAGUACAUGCCUACAUACAGCAUCAGGACUUCUGUGCCCUAGAGCCUCCCUUCAUUCCAGCCAACCUCUCCAGACAGGGAUCUGCUGGUGGCAGCAGGAUUAUAGGACCUCUGUUUGUGCCCCUGCCCAAUUCCACAGCCCUUGGUUGGGCGUCCAAUGUGACAGCUCCCCCUGCCUGGCCUCCCCUCAGCUCCCUCAGGCUGCUCGUAUCUCAAGAGGGCCAGUCCUGUGUGGAGGCAUGCCAGUCAGCUGGCUUCAUCUGUGAGCCUGCUCACUUCCGCUUCAUCAACAACAAGGAGGCCCUACGCGGGUUGGAGGUGCAGUGCGAGGUGGUAGACUCGGAGAUCAACCACAUCCUCCCAGCCUUCUCUGUGGUGCGGCAGGAGUGCGGCCUCCAGCGGGAACCCCUCCUCUUCAGCUGUGCAGGUCACUCCCCCAAAUACAGACGUCUUUGCCCCUGCAGGGACUUCCGCCGCGGCCAGGUGGCGCUGUGCAGAGACUGUCUAUAAUGACAGGGCGUGUGAAGGAUGGACAUAAAAGAAUUAGGCACAGAUCGGUGGGGGAAGGGGACACUGGAAAGUAGCCACAGCCAGAGCAGGUGUGACAAAUGACCUAAUAGUGCAGAGAGGCAGCUUCCAAACAGAACAGUAAAUGUAGGAUGAUGAAGAAUAGGCAUGCAAUGAUUUGAAGAGUAGGCUUGGAUAGUUGCCAGGUUGAUUGUGCUUGACAAUAGUUGUUAAAGCAGCUGUUACACUGUAACAGGCUGGGGACAUAUAGCUGUAAGACUUCCUACAACAGGGUAGCAAUGAUACCUCGUGUCAUUACAAUGAGGAAGUAUAUUCCACUUAAGGAUGAAGGCUGGGUCACAACUCACGAAGCCAACAAACUUUCACAUUAGCCGUCCAACUACGGAAUAAUAGUUUCUACAAGAUGUGAUACACAACAUUUCAUUUUUGGAACUUCAUCUGGCAAGAAAUAAGGGGUUUAAGUUGGAAAAUGUACACUUGUGACUGAAGAGAAACUCAGCAUUGGGACUGUGGUGUCAUUCCAUGACAGAGUCUUCAAAUAUCGUGGCUUGGAGAAGGCAACCUCGGGUCAAUAUCCAAUCUCCUCUCUGCACUUGGACAAAGGAUGAUGGACAGCCAGGUUAUCUCCCUGGCUUUUUCCCUCCCUCCUCCAAUGACAGACAGAGUCAUUUAUCAGACUGAACCCCAAGUCUGAGGCAACAUCGGUCAAUGCAAUCAUCUCUGGUCGCAAAAAGAAAGGACAGAGGACAAAGAUAAAGGGUACAAGAUUAUUUUUCAAUAAAUAAGCCUUCAGAGGUCUCAGCUGGAUUUUUAACGAGUCCUCUGGGCUUUAUGUUGGAAAAAAAAUCAUAAAAUAAAAAAAUCAGAACAGAUCAAAGUGUUGAGGUGAAUUUUAUGUUGUAUCUGGACUUUACUUGGUUCCUUCCUAUCUUUUUUAGAUUGGAGGGUUUCUUCUCCUCCCACCAUCCACAUUCAUCCAUAUUUCCAUCAUUCCAUAUGACUGUAGGGAGGAACAUUUGAUCUUUUUCACAUGGAGUGAGACAGCCAGCACAGGUCGAAGCUGUCAGUUAGGAGUUGAGGAGAAAGUGACUGAGAGAGGAGGAGGAAUUCACAUCUUAGUUUAGUUGAACCAUAGUCACCAAUGUGUUUUUACUUUUUAUAGUUAUUAGAGAUUGAAAACAAUAUCUGCCAUAAUGUCCAGUGCUAAAAAAAAAAAAAGACAAAUAGCUCAUGUCCAUUACUCUAGAGGCUGUCCAGUACCAUUCUGCAUUCAACAUUAAAAACUGAUAACAUACGUUUGAUGACAGUUUAAUCACAUGUGAACUGCAUUAUGGUUCAGUAAAAUGCAUAUAAAGAGUAAAUGCCAGCAAUAUUGCUUUUGUUUUGGCAACUGAAUAUAAUGUAAUGUAUUUGAUGGUUUGUUCCAAAAACUCUUAGAGUUUGAUGUUAUAAUCCUUGGCAACAAUCCUGGUAACAGAAGUUUAAAACUACAGGUCCCAGAAGUGUGUGGGCAGCAAAUGCUGGUUGAGCAGCUCCUUUGUUAAAAAUACAACAGAAGAGCAACUGUUGUGUCUUUGUACAGUGUAGCCAAACAAAUGCAUAUUCUGUUAAUAUAGUAAAAAGUUAAUAAUUGACCUUUGUUCUUCACGCACUUGGCAUGAGUGGUUUCCCAUACAACAGCAAGGUACAGUGAACAGAUUUGCUUGCCAUUCUGAUAAGUUAGAGGUGUGUAGCCUGCUGCCUGCAGCUCUUCCUCUAACAGCUCACUACAGCUGCUCUAUCUUGUUCCAUUACUCACUGCAAUGAGACUGAUCUGCUGUCAAAAUGUUUUGUAGGCCUAAUUUUGAUGAAUGAUCACAGCCAGCACUAUCCUGUUCUGCUUUACAAAUACAUCAAGUUUCCUGUUCCUACUUCACAAUAAA